CAUUUGUUUCGAUUUUAACUUCAUCGUUGAGUCUUUCGCCGGCCGGAAAUACAAAGAUAGAGCAACUUUACGUGGAUUCUGAGGCAGCUUAUAUUUUUUUUAUUACAUUUGUGUUUGAGUAUUGAUGUCAUAAGACACUUGGAUCAAUGACGUGUUCUAGUUAAACAUUUUACAGGGAAAGCUAAGGUGUAUUUGUUACGAAAACUUUGCCAGGUGCUAGCUUUCUUCCUGAGGCUGUCAGUGUUUGGAUAGUUACGUCGGUGAUGGCUACCGCGCCUCUUCAUAUGAAAUCAACAGAUCUCAUCAAAACGGAACCUCUGGACUAUGGAGGAUUUGGAGAGGUCUAUUUGUGCUACCAUGCUACCCUCGGCCAUGUGGUGUUGAAGACCGUGUACACAGGUCCACUUCGCAGCGAAGAGAGUAAAAAGUCAUUGCUGGAGGAGGGGAGCAUCAUGGCAAGCCUUGACCACAAACGUGUGGUCAAGUUGCUUGGUGUGAUCAUGGAAGACAAAGAUUGCUCUCUUGUUAUGGAGCUUCUCCCCAGAGGCAACCUGCUGGUCAUGCUGGAGAAGGUCAGUGUGCCAAUGUCCAUUAAGGGAAGAAUCAUCCUAGAGAUUUUGGAAGGGAUGGUGUAUCUGACAGAGCGGCAGGUCAUUCACAAGGACAUAAAACCAGAAAAUAUUUUGGUGGAUAAGGAUUUUCACAUCAAGAUUGCUGACCUCGGCCUGGCCACCUGCCAGGCAUGGAGCAAGCUUACAAAACAGGAGUCUCGUAGGAAAAGUAACAGGGGGGCAACAGCUGGGGACAGAGGUGCUGGCACAUUAAGCUACAUGGCCCCGGAGCACCUGGAGAGCAUCCACACACCUUCUACUGUGAAGUCUGAUGUGUACAGCUUCGCCAUUGUGAUUUGGGUCAUUCUGACGGCGAAAGAACCAUAUGAAAAUGCGAGGAGUGAUGACCAUAUUAGCCAGUGCGUUCGCCAUGGUGACCGACCUUCAAUGGAAUCUAUCCCAGAAGACACGCCUGCAGAGAUAAUUGAUCUUAUGACGAGCUGCUGGGUUCACAAUCCUGUGCAAAGACCAACAUUUAAAGAGGCCUAUGAAAACUUUCUUCCUUUCUACAAGAAAAAGUUUGAGCCGCUUGUAGAGAAAGAUUUAUGCCUUUUGCAGGAACUAUAUAAAGGUCCAGAUGAUCUUGUUGAGAAGAUGGAAUCAUUAUCAAUGACCCAUGAAUCUGUUUUAGCUCCUGAUCAAGAUGGCCCAGCUCCUUUGACUUCACACAGAGAUUUAUCAAUGCCAGUUGAAGCCAGCAUUGAGGACCUACAUAACAUUCAUGAUCAACCAUCUGGAGAUAAUGUUGAGACCGAUGCAAGGGUACUGAAGAGCCCCUCAGAGCUGGAGGAGAAACUGGAUCGGGAGUUUCUCUACCACAAGCAUGGCAGCUAUGCUUGUUAUAACCAACCCGAGUCUGCCAAGGGCUUUCAUAAAAAUGCCUCAAAUCCUUUUUUACAAAACCCGAUUAGACUUUCUGAUAAUGCCCUUAGACAUCCAGCCCAAGAAAAAUCCUCGGUCCAUUCUUGGACAAAAUCGGAGCCUGUGCAGCCCACCAGCCAGGCCGAGGUUUUUUACCGGCCCACAACGGGGCUCUGUGACUCCAGAAACUCCUGCUCGUCUAAUGCAUCGCAUUUGCACACAUCUCUCAGCACGCCUUCUCUGCCGCAGUUUAACCAGCAACAUCCACACUCCCACCUGGAUCGCCAGCAGUCCUGCCCAGUUUACCCAGUUUCCGACAACCAAACUGCUGCCCAUCUUUUGACCACUUCAAAGAGUGGAUCGCUUCAGGACUCUGGAUCUCUCUACAUUCAGAAUGCCAGUGGGAUCCAGAUCGGAAACAACAAUACAUUGAGCAUCAGAGGUUGUGACCCACUUGGUUCAUGUGUGUCUGCUGAUGGUAACAAUGCCUCUCCGAUCCAAGAAGGCAUUUCAAAAUAUGAGGACUAUGUGGUGAAAGAGGCACAACUGGAUGUGCUAAGGGAGAACAUCGGGGUGAAAUGGAAACGCUGUGCGCGAGGCCUGGGUCUGACAGAGGUGGAGAUAGAAACCAUAGAACACGACUACGGCCGCGACGGCUUGCCGGAGAUUGUACACCAGAUGCUGGAGCACUGGAGAAUGAAGCAGGGAUCCAUGGGUUGCACUAUUGGGAGGCUCUAUCAAGCUCUUCAAAAAUACAUAAAAGUAGAUGUCAUCCAGAAAAUAUUGGACUUGUGCGAUUCUGCUGAGUAGUUUUCUCUCUUUGCAUUAAAUAGUGGUCAUAUUUUAUAUUGAAAUGUUUCUAAGGCUCUGCGGCGAGGUGACUUUUGGUAUCAUAGGAUAAGAUGUAGCAAUAUGAUAUCGGUCUUGCAGUGAGGUAUGUAUAUUGUUGAGGUUUUAAAUUUUGUACUAAUAGCCUGUUUUUAAGUAAUUAUUACGGUAAGCAUUUGUGAUAAGCGUGCACCUUUUCUGGGUUGCGUUUUAGAAAAAAGGAAAGAAAAAUCAUAUUGCCUUUGAUUGUGACAGAAACUAGCUAAAAACGUCAUUUUCUUAUUUUCUGCUGGACCUGUUUUGAUAAAUCAAAUACAAUUUAAAUGUUUUUGUAUCAUGUUACUCCAGUGUUCUCUUUGUAGCUCACUUUACAGGUGUGGUGUGAGCCAAACUGAUAUUCUUAAUAGGAACUUUGUGGGGGGGUUUUUAUCGUUAUGUGGUGGCGUAAUAAUAAAAACAUCCAUGAUGUGUGGCCAAUAUCUUUAAAUUGAACAGUCAGCAAAUAUUUAGAGCUGAUUUAUUCCGGUCCAGUGCAAACAAAAUGACACCAGUAGAGUCAGUCAGCAUUUACAGUAGACAGUGGUGUGUAGAUUAUACAAAAGCAUAAAAACCUUGCAGUGCAAUAGUCCUGUAAUACAUGUAUCCGCAUGUAUGUGUCAUGAGAAAGUAAAAACCUUUCUGUAAAUGUGAGGCUUUUUUUGUUCAUUUUGUGCUACAAGAAUGUAAUUUUACCCGAAUGAUGGAAAUCAAAGUAAGCAUGAAUUACUUCUCAUCUUUCAGUUUGAUGGUUCAUCGCAGGACUUAUUGUAAUGAUUUCACGUUAUUUUCAUUUUGAUUAGCUGUUUUAUCAAUCAUUGUAGAUAAUGGACUGUUUUUUCUCAUUUUCUGAGAACAUGAUUUUCCUGGAGAUGUAUUCGGGUCUGCUUUGAAUUCUCUUUGUACAAGUCUAAAAAGUUAAUUCAAUCAGCAAUACCUUCCUACAAGUUCGAAACCCUUAUAGAGUUGUGCUGGAAAGAUAUUACAAUAAAUAUUGUCUAAAUAUC